CUUUGGUGGACGCAUCUGCUCAAGGAAUACAUCAAGUUACGGCUACCGCGAAACCACCCUCAACAAAAUCCCCGGCUCUUUUCUUACUUGAAAAAAAAGCCAAAGAUAGACUCAGGGAUGCGCACACGGUAGCUCUAAUCAAGGCACGGGAUCAAAUCGCUCUCGCGGAGGAAGACUAUGCGUGGUGUCUUCACUUCCUGUUCCUUGUAGCAAUGUAGUAAUCUACUUGGAGGCUUUAAAUAAGCAUAAGGAGGUAGCCCUUCAUCAGACUCACUAGUCCGUCCUCUUCUCUUAAUUUCGCUUUCAGCUACUUCCUCGAAACUAUCUAGGAUCACAUCGUUAUAUUAAAGUGAGAGUGCGCUGCUAGAGCUAGUACUAUGAUUUUUAUGACACGAGCACCGGCGCCCUCUAAUACUGGAGAAUUCGAAACGCGUUGCAGCAACUCGACCAUGCUAUCAGCAGACCAAAGACCCCUUCGACAUCAUCUACAUCGUCUCCUGUCGUGGUAAACGGAU